CUGGACGAGACCCAAAGGAUUUAAUAUUGAGUCUCUUUGGGAAAAGGCCCAAGUUCGCGGGCAGACGCCGAAGUGAAGAGCUUUCAAGGACUUUUUGCCACAGAAUAGAUUUCUUGUUCGUGGGCAAAACUCGCUGUCACAACUGUAGUAGUCUGACAAGAAAAAUAAUUGUAGAAACUUGUUUAAGAAAAAAAAUCGAAAUAUUCGUGGAGAUACAGAAAAAAAAAUGUGAGGCGGCGAAGUGUUUAAUAAUCUAUGGUUAGUAGUAAAGUUAGUUAUUGAGUAGAGGAGCGGAAGGCGAACAGUCAGUGUUAAUAAAAAGACCCCCGGUGUGUUCUACCGAAGAGUUUGUGAAGUGAAGAACAGCUCGCGCGUCCCACGCUCCGACUUGCGGGGCCUGUCCCUGUUGCCGCAGACACGGUGGCCGCACCAUGGAGAUCCCCCUCGGAUUAGGAGGAGUCUGUGACUCCCCGAACACCGUUUUCCGUGGACGUUUCCACGACGUACUUCACGGCGCGCACGGACUGCACGAGUCGGACGCGAGGCGCGGCUGCGCGCGCGCCGGACACGCUUGGGAGAUGCGCCAGAGCGCGGGACGGUCGCCCGAGAGAGGUACGAGCGGCGGGGCGUCUCGUGAGUCGAACGCCGGUGAGGCGGCGGCGGCUGCUGUAGCGGAGAGCGCGCGCACCUCGCGAUACCCGCACUGCGAGCCCGCCGCACCCCAUGAUCCUGUGAGAAACUUGCCGGGUGCCCGAGGGGAGCUCUUCGCGCUGCGCUCGCGGGAUGCGGGCGAGAAUGCGCACAACGCGGAACGGCGGCGCUCUCCGCCAACCGCGUCCAAACAGGGCGCGGAGAUAAAUCCCGACGGUGACGCCCGAGUCCCGACCAGUCGCUCUGACUCCAACUCUGACUCGCCUCGCACCACCAUCUCGGAAACGGCGCGCGAGCUGUGCAAAGCCGUCUCCGUGUCUCUCGGCUUGAACCUGCUGGACUCCAAUGAGAUGGCGAUGAGCGAGCCAGCGCCCGGCGAAGCCCCCUCUCUGGACCCCGACCCCCGAAGUCUCGCAAACUACGCGUUCGAUGUGCCCUUCCUGGCGUGUGCGGGGGCGGCGGGCUACAAGUGUCCAGACGGAAAGCACGCGCAAAGUUACACUCAGCGCGCACACAUGGGCGAGUCGAGGAACGAGGGCACGCCGCUGGGCUACCUCGGCUCCGUGGGCGCCGGGGACGCAGAAGUCCUCGCCCUGAGCGCAGAGGGACACACUCUGACUCGGUCGGAGGACCGCGUGGACGUGCGCGCGACCCCCGCGGCUCCCCUGGACCACCUGUUGCCGGCGGACGCGGCGGCGCUCUACCGGCCCGCGGACCCGCCACCCGCGGACUUCACCUACAGGCCCCCCCGGGGGCGCGCGAAAGAAGCCCAAGGGUGCACUGAGUUCGCAGCGCCGUACGGGGUCAAGAUCAAGUCCGAGGAGGUGACCGCGGGAGAAAGCGCGGGAGCCUGGGGCCACCAGUACCGCUACGGUCCGGACGGCGUCACCGCCAGCGCUCGUUAUGGACCUGCGCCCCCCCCGGGCACGCACGUCGCGCCCCCCUACAGCGUGGCACAGUCCCACGCGCUCGUCCGCAGCACUUUCGACUACGGGCGCAACGGGGGUCCUCCCAGGGACUGCCCCGAGCAGUGGCCCGCCGGCGGCAUGGUGGCCAGGAUGCCCUACGGCGGCCCCCCGGAACCCAAGAGCGAGGUGACCGACUGGCUCGAGAUGCCCUACUCCGACGGACGGUUCGAUGGCGGACGGCAGCACGUGUUCCCGGCGGAGUUCUUCUUCCCCCCUCAGAGGACCUGUCUGAUCUGCUCGGAUGAGGCCUCCGGCUGCCACUACGGAGCACUCACCUGCGGCAGCUGCAAGGUCUUCUUCAAGAGAGCUGCCGAAGGAAAGCAGAAAUACCUGUGUGCCAGCAGAAAUGAUUGUACCAUCGAUAAGCUAAGGAGGAAGAACUGCCCCUCUUGUCGUCUGAAGAAGUGCUUUGAGGCUGGGAUGACCUUAGGAGCUCGAAAACUGAAGAAGAUGGGUCAGCUGAAAGCUCCGGAAGACACCCCACUGCAGACCUUGUCGGAUGCUGUCCCGUCCAUCUCCCCCAAAAGUGUCAUCAGCUUCCAGUCCCAGGAGGUCUUCCUCAACAUCCUGGAGGCCAUCGAGCCGGAGGUUGUCAACGCGGGGCACGACCACGGGCAGCCUGACUCGGCCGCCACCCUGCUGACCAGCCUCAACGAGCUAGGGGAGCGGCAACUGGUCAAAGUGGUCAAGUGGGCCAAAGGCCUGCCAGGAUUUCGCAAUCUGCACGUGGAUGACCAGAUGACCAUUAUCCAGCAUACUUGGAUGGGAGUGAUGGUGUUUGCACUGGGUUGGAGGUCCUACAAAAACCUGAAUGCCCGAAUGCUUUACUUUGCUCCUGACCUUGUGUUCAAUGACUACCGGAUGCAUGUCUCCAGCAUGUACGAGCACUGCAUCCGGAUGCGGCACUUCUCCCAGGAGUUUGUCCUGCUCCAGAUCACCCAGGAAGAGUUCCUCUGCAUGAAGGCGCUGCUGCUCUUCAGCAUCAUUCCAGUUGAGGGGCUCAAGAGUCAGAAGUACUUUGAUGAACUGCGGAUGAGCUACAUCAACGAACUGGACCGUCUCAUCAACUGUGGGAGAAAGAACAAAAACUCACAGAGGUUCCUGCAGCUCACGCGCCUCAUGGACUCACUGCAGCCGAUCGUGAGGAAGCUUCAGCAGUUUACAUUUGACCUUUUUGUCCAAGCUCAGUCCCUCCCCACGAAGGUCAGCUUUCCAGAAAUGAUAUCCGAGAUCAUCUCCGUUCAGGUGCCAAAGAUUCUUGCUGGCAAGUCCAAGCCAAUCCUCUUUCACAAGUUGCAAGAUUCCCCGUCAUCCUGAAGUGGUGGCUGGCCUCCUGCCCGUUUCAGAGGUUUCAGCCGAGGCUUUCGUCUGCAGUUUUCAUGGUCUUUCCUUCUAAUUUAGAUUGCUCAGUGUAUCAGUCAGAGCCAUUACAAUACUUUGGUUGCUUAUGAGCUAAAAUUGAGUUAAUUUUCUCAAAUUUGGCAUACAGAUUGUUGGUAGUUCCAAACUAUAAGCACAUCUUUAACACGGCUGAAAUAUGCAGGGUAAAACAAAGAAAAAUCCCGUCACAGUCCUUGCACUAACUCUAUGCAUCCUUUUAUGCGCGAAGACAAAUUUACGACCCAAAUCUAUAAAUUGGUUUACUACACUAAAUAGCUACAAUAUUGCAUUUACCAGUCAUACAAAACUAUUUAUCCAUAUGAAGAGAUUGUUUUACUAAUAUUCAUAUGUAUACUGCACACACAAAUAUGCAUUCAUGCAUUUUAAACUUGUAUAUAUACUUUUGACACACAUAUAUACUUCUUGGGGGUUACAACAACUGGUAAACACUUAAGACAUUAUAUUCAAGGCAGAAGUUCAUUAAGGUUUUCACACAAUUUAAAAAUCUUUAUUCCAGUAAAUGAGAGAGUGACAGCUUUGAUGAAGGUCGAAAGAUUGAUUCACGAAUAAGUCAAUAUAAAAUCGUCAAUUUCACAGUAGUGGAACUGGCAGGAGUUUUUUUUUUUUUACAGUAGGUCAGGUUGUGAAGGUGGUCAUAAUAAUUUGUCAGUUCCUGAUGUAAGCUCAAGGCAUUUGUUUCAACGUGGAAAGACAUGAAAAUGUUUGAAGUACAGUCACUGCAUGCACCAUUCACAGUGCAUACUGCUAUUUUUAAGCAUGCGUUUAUGGAUAUACAGUGUUUUAAUAAGUCAUUAAACAGAUGUAUAUGUUGCUACAAGUGUGAAAAUGUGCUUGUUUAUUCUUGGAAUUUGAAAUACCUGCAAAUCUGAAGUGUCUGUAUGCUUUUAGAUAUUCAAACAUUAACGUGCCAAGGCAGUCUUUAGUAGAAGUUGUUUCACUAACUUCAAGAGAUCAUAUUUAAAGCUUUCUUGCAUUGAAUGACUUUUGGUAUUUUCAUAGCUACAAUAUUUUUAAUACUGCUGAAAAUUUAUAAACCACAUUUCUAGGUAUUACUGUCUGCUAUUUGGUCCUUCUUAUGUAUCUCUGAACAUACUGAUCUCUCAUAAUUAUAAAUUGGUAAAGUAAAUCACAGCUGUUGCAACUGAAACCCGUUUCUGGUUUUCUUCGUACCGUCAAUGAAGAAUCCGCCCAGCUACCAAAUGGAUUUGAAGAGUAUAUUUGUAAAUUCACUCAUUUUAAUUAGCUUUUGUAUAAAAUGACAAUUUUUAAAAUGUAUGCUUUUGAGAAUCAAAUGUUUUUGAUGUUCAAAGAAUUUAAUGCAUUGUAUCUAGUUGAUGUGUUCAGAGUUGUAUAGUGUCAUUGUGCAUAAUUAGUUGAAUCAUGUGCAAUGCGUUUUUGUUCAGCAAAAGGAAGUCUUUAUUAUUUGUAGCAGACUACAAAUAGGCAUGUUCCUCUUUUUUGUAUCAGCAAUAAAUGCUUUAUCAAACCAUUCAUCUAGUCCAGAGAAUUAGCUCUUCUUGUGCACACUAAGACUAAAAGGAAAAAAAAGCAAAUAUUGAGCAUGUCAAUGGUUUUUUUUGUUGUGUUUUUUUAUAAUGUAGGUUUCUUGCAGUUGAUACUUUUUUAUAUUUAGAAUUCCAAAAAUUAUUAAUUGCAGUUAAUUUUUG